CUCUCUCCUCCCUCUUCCAGUAAUCCCUCUCUCCUCGUGCGUCACAGAGCAGCGCGAGGAUCAACAUCUCAGAGGGCUCCUGUCCAGAGAGGAUCAUCACCAUCACGGGGCAGACAGACUGCGUGUUCAGAGCCUUCACCAUGAUCACGUUCAAACUGGAGGAGGAUCUCUCAGCUCUGGUGGCUAACGGCACAGUGACCAGUAAGCCUCCCGUCACCCUGCGGCUCGUCAUCCCGGCCAGCCAGUGCGGCUCGCUCAUCGGCAAGGGCGGCUCCAAGAUCAAAGAGAUCCGAGAGACGACAGGUGCCCAGGUGCAGGUGGCAGGUGACCUCCUCCCUAACUCCACAGAGAGAGAGGUGACGAUAUCGGGGAGCCAGGACGCCAUUAUCCAGUGUGUUAAACUCAUCUGCACCGUAAUCCUCGAGUCUCCGCCGAAGGGAGCAACUAUUCCAUACCGACCAAGUCCGGCCCCGGGCACUGUACUGCUGGCAGGGAACCAGGUGUUCGAGGCAUCGGACUUCGGCUCCCACCCUCUGUUCUCGGUGGCACAGGGAGGAGUGGACAUGCAGCAAACAUACGCAGUACAGAGUCACUACGGCAUUCCACAUUCAGAGUUGGCAAAGCUGCACCAGUUGUCGAUGCAGCAGCAGGGCCUGGCCCCCAUCAGCCAGUCAGCUACACAAUUACUACCUGGAGGGAUGGACGGUAACUCCCAGACGACGUCUCAGGAGCUUCUCAUUCCUAACGAUCUGAUUGGCUCAAUCAUCGGUCGCCAGGGCACCAAGAUCAACGAGAUCCGGCAGGUGUCGGGGGCUCAGAUCAAGAUCGGCAGUCAGAUCGACAGCACCAGCGACCGCCACGUCACCAUCACCGGCACACCGAUCGCUAUUAACCUGGCUCAGUACCUGAUCACUUCAUGUUUAGAGACCGCCAAAUCCACCACCCAGUCCUCCUCCAUGCCGUCUCCCGUUGACCUGACCAUGAGCUUCACCCAGCCCGCCCCCCCUGCCUCCUCCUCCUCCCCCCUGGCAGCGAUGGGCGCACUGCCCCACGCUCAAAUGCUGGGCUCUCCCUACGCCCUCCCCCUCUCCAGCCUCUUGGGAAUGAAAUCAUUCCCUUACCUGGCACUCUCCACCCCUUCAGCCUCAGCGGCGGCCAUCGGGAAUCCCAUGUUAGCGGGUUCGAUGCAGACGGCGGCGACGGGAGGCGUUCCGGUUCAGGCUCACGCAGCGGCGGCCCUGGCGUCCUACACGGCCAAGAUCUCAUCCUCAGCCAACGGGAUGAAGAAGCCGGAGAGACAGAAGUUUGCGCCGUACUAAAGAAGGAGAGGGAAUGAAAGUGUUUGCAUCACUGAGGUAGCUUCUGGGAAAUGAGGCUGUUUUUUAAGAUGGAAGGGCACUUUUAUUUUCCUUCUUUUACACUCUUUACUUAUUACUCUCACUUCUUCCUCUGCCUCUAAAUCUCUUAUUCCUUUCUUCGUGAUCACUCACAAAUGUCAAAGUGGGAUAACUGGAGCGUGUUUUCAGAUGUUAGUGACGUGGAAGCCGCGUGCAACUACAGCAGCCAUAAUUUCAUGUUGCUAAAUCAGAAAGUACAGAAACAGAAGUUUCCUCUGCAAACUAAAACAAAUUAUUAACUCAGACACCAAACUACAGCAGUGGCUCAUGGGUAAUCAGAAAUGCAAUCUAAGUUCCAUAUGCGAAAAAACAAAUAAAAAAACCAAUAGAAGAUAAAGAAAUGAAACCCUCCAUCUUGCUUUCUUGACCUUUGCAACGGGACACAAACAACAAAACUGUAUCAGCUUCUUCUUUGAGUGGAAACUUCGGAAAACAAACUUUUAUCAGCGCUUGAAUCCUCAAAGUCAGGAGAAUAUAGCAAGAAUAUCGCAGACUGAAACACAAAUAUCCAACACAGCGUCUGCGUCGUGUGAGUCUGACGGUGGGAACUAAUGAUUUGGCAGCAUGUUGGAUAUUUUUGACUUUUCAUGUCUCAGUGGUGAUUUAAACAAUCCUGUACAGUAGCUUCCGAAGGCAGAUGGAUCAUAUGCAGCUACUGUGAUGCUUUGUUUUGUUUAGCAUUGUUUAUGCAUCAAAGCUGCGUGUUUCUGUGCAGAUAUUCUGCUUUAAUAAACCACUCAGGGUCGUCAACACAGCCAUAACUCAGAACGUCGGCUCACAAGUUGCAUUAGCUUAUGCCUCAUUUGCAUUUUAGAUUAUUUGGAGAAACCUAAUUUUCCUUCCUACACACACAAACCACGGGUGCCUACAUGUCUCUCUGUGCAGUUUGUGGUUAUUGUAUGUUGACCGGUGUUCAGGGGAAAGUGUGGAUCAUCAUCUCCUGUGUUUACGACGUAAAAACUGGAAACAAAACAAUGAUCCUGGAAAAAGUGUUUGUUGUUGUAAUACUUGUUCCAGCCACAAGGGGCUGAAGCGCAGCACUACCCCUUCUUCUCCAUCGGACUAAAAGCAUCCAUGCAUUCAGCCUUGUGUGGCCAAAAAGAGUUUUACAACAACAAACGCUUAUUAUUCACCUGCUUCACAGAUGAAAAAGAAGCAAUUUAGAAAGAUUAUCUUGUAAAACCUCUUUUUAUAUUGCUUUAUUUUAUUUCUUACUGGCCCCUCUGGGCUUCCGUAAAAACCUCCAGAAGUUAAAGUUGAGCCUGCUGUUAACAAACAAUACUUUUACAAACAUACACUGUGAGAGAUCUGUAUUUGUUUUCACUUAAACCACCAAAUUAAAAACUUAUACCUUAAUCUCAAAGUUUCAAACACACAUAAUUGGAAGAUUUAAGGUCGCCACUUGUGUGACGUAGUUUUUCCUGCAGACAGAAGCAGCGACUCUCAGAGCAACAGAUGGAAAGAUGUUCUUUUUAUUAAAAAGAGCUCAAAUAGAUCCUCAUACAUCUUUUCCCCCAACAGUCUGAGCCCAGAACUAAACAUCUGAUUCCACAUGUCAGUGUAGCUGCUGCAGAGAUAAGAUCAGACUCGUACGUCAGACCGUUGAAAGUCCUGCCGCCAUUUUUGUUUUUGUACAACCGAAUUUCAAGCCAAAUGUACUUUUUACAUACAUUUAGGCAAAUUAGUAACCCUAACAUAUGACACCAACCAGCCUGUCUUGUAGUUCUGGUUUCUUGUUUUUGGUGUGCGAGUCGCAGUUUAGUAGUUUGUGUCUUCAGAACGUUUUGGUAAAGAUUUGAAAUAACUGGAAAAGAUGGAGAAAUCUUUUUUAAGCACUAAUUUAUCCAGCAAACAGAAAGAAAACUCUUCAAAUGUUAUCAGCUGAUUAAAUUAUCAGCCUCAUAAUCUGCUAGUCGUGAUCAUUUUCAUGCGAAUCACCGAUACGAGAACAAGACGACGACAACAUGGCCGCAGUAUUUAUGUCGGGAGCAACAAAGGAAGUCAGGAUCAAACUUCCUCUCUGCUUCCUGUUCUUUCGUCUUUGUUACUUAUUAAGAGGAGUGUUACAAACUCCGCCUAAGGACUCAACACGUCGAUUUAUUUUAAGUUAAACUUAACUUCCACCAUCUUUUCUUAAACAAGUAGUUUUGUUUGCGUUCACAGUUUCUGUCUGACGCAUAAGAAAGGCAGCGAUAACAAGUGAUGACGGCCAUUUAAUGGGAUUAGAUUAUAGAUUAAAACAAAUAGGAUGAAUGCAAAUGAAUAAAUUGUGUUUUGUUUCGAUGAGCUUUAAACGAGAUGUCCGUGCUUCUCUUCUAGAUUGGAACACCUUGGAAUUGAAGUAGAAAUGAGCGUAAAGUGCAAACAGAGACAUAAACAAAGCAUCAAAGUCAAAUCCAGCAGAAUCCAAAGCAGCAGGUCUGAGUUUCUAAAGCUGCCACGUCCAAUGAUCCCACUUUGUCGGCUUUAUUUGAGCUUUUAUUGGUUUUCUUCUGCCCGUAUCAGGGCGACAGUUCGGGGGUUUGUAGCUACUGUUUGAUGAAACUGAUGUUAAAGGUUAUUUGGGCCACAAAGCCUGUAAAAGCCAUAGAGACACUUCAGCUUCCCUUCCUGCUCUCUUUCCCUUAUUCUCUUGUAUACUCUCAUAUGUAUUGACUAAUAUGAAAUAUUCCCUGCGAGAGUUUAUAUCACUGGUCACUAACACUGAGCUGAACUCGGCUUUUGUAUACAACGAUGUCGACUUGUAUAAGACUUCCUCUCUGCUUCCUGUUCUUUAUUUUUACUAUUUGUUGUAUAGAGUUUGUUUUUUAAAACAUACAGCAGAUUUUAAAAAACGUCUGUUUGUUUUUGUUCACGAUUCUCGUUUGUUUAAAUUAUUUUUUAACUUAUUAAGAGGAGUAUUUACAUCUACAGUUUUAGGAAAUAAGAAAUCUUUUCCCGACACGGCUGCAGGUAGAAACUGUCAAACUGUAUUUGAGGUUCUUUGUUUUUGUUUUUGUGUGAACAAAAUGUUUCUGUUUUGGGAGAAGAAAUAAUUAUCACUGUACCAUUAAUGCUAAUAACCAGAUGUUUUUGUUAGAUAGAAGAGUAGUGUUUCACAUUUUGCCACACGCACACUUUCUAACUGUGUUUGUCUUCCAGCUUCCACAGAACUAGAAUAAAGUAGAACUGCCACUUCCUGUAAGGCUGAUGUGUACAGAAUAAGAUCCGAUAAUAAUUCAUAUUUCCUGACACACAUUUAAAGGUAGUGUUCUGCAACGUUCAGAAACAAACAAAUAUGAUUUGAGAGGAUCUUUGGUGAAGUGAGUUUUGAAAGGCACCUUGUAAAAGUGCUUCCUUAUUGAUCAAUAAUCAGCCGUUAGCAGAUAUUUCAGGGACCACACUGUGAAUCCAGGGACAGUCCAUCACAAUGUAACAACUGCAGAUGUAAAAGCUUGGAUCCAUUUUAAACAUCGUUCAUUCAGUGAGCUAAUGCUAACGUUAGCUUUGUUAAUCUAAGUGCAGAGCCCUUUAAAGUUAUUUAUGUAUUGAUAUUAGAAGAGUUAGUUCUUCUAAUGUCUCGGUGCUUUACUAUAAAUAAAUACAAAUCAAACAAGAACAUUCUUUGCAGGAAAUAAAAAAAUAUAUCUGUUGACGCUAAGAGUUCCAAAUAUCAAAAUAUUUAUUAAAUUCUACUUCACAGAGCUCUGCUGAAUUUAUAGAAGUGACAUUUUAUUAUACUCCAUAAGUCAAACUGUCCAUCUGUGGUGCACACUUCACAUACUUUACUUGUGUAUUUCAGAUUGCAUUGUUAUUAUGCAGUGUGACGAUAAAAAGCAACAAUUGAACAUUGAGGCUCAAAUUAUACAAUAUUUCAUUAAAAAAAGCCCAAAUUACAAAACAUUUGUGCAUCUGUUUCUACUUCAAGACAGAGAAAAGUCAGAAAAAGUAAAUUUCUAAAUCAGAAUUUAGCAAAAAUAAUCUCACAACCCCUCAGAUUUAUCUGGUGACCCUUCGGAGGGGCCCGACCCUUAGGUUGGACACCUCUGGACUAAACUAGCCAGCUAAGUAUGAAGAAGUUAGAGUAGCUUCACCUGCAGCGGCUGCUUCACCUGAUGCUUCACCUGCAGCUGAGCUUCUACGUGUUCUGGUUCUGUGUGUGGAAGUCGAAAGCAAACGUUUGUUUUUUAUUUCAUUUUAUUUUCCAGCUAAACUGACGCUCUGCUCAGUUUACUGUCAGAGACUAAAUGCUGCAUGUUUGCUUGGCCUCACUAACACACACACACAUGUAAAUACACACUUACAGACACACACACACACACACACACACACACACACACACACAGGCCUCGUCACUAAAAGCAAUACUAAACAGCCGGAUGAGUAGCUACACAUUGGCAGGCAAAUAUACGUGUGUGUACUUUACUGUAACAAAAACAUUCAUCUUUCACUCGAUGGGUCGUCGCUGAGAUCUCCGUUUGUUUUAAAAUAAUAAUAAUGUGGUAUAUUAAACAAGCUCACUUAUUUUUAUAAAGUUAAAUAACCUUGAAUUGUUAAAUCACGCCAUCCGUCCUCAGCGCUCACACGUUUACUUUCACGUUUCUCUCUUGUGCUGUAUUUUCCUCUUCGUGUUCUCGUGUCUUUCGUCCAUUUGCAUGAGUCUGACUUGAAUUGAUGUCUAUGCAACAAACAUGCGUGUGUGUGUGUGUGUGGUUCAGCUCAGUGAUCCGUGUGUGUGUGUGGGGUCACGAGGAGGCUGCGCUGGUGCUUGUGGGGUGCAGUUGAAAGGAAAAGGGCUACGGUGGCCUGCGUGUCUGACUCGCCAUGCAUCUGCCCUGAAGAUCAGAACACUUUAAUAAUAGAGAUUAACAAUACAGAUUAAUAAUACAGAUUAAUAAUACAGAUUAACAAUACAGAUUAAUAAUAGAGAUUAAUAAUACAGAUUAACAAUAGAUAUUAAUAAUACAGAUUAAUAAUACAGAUUCACAAUAGAGAUGAA